AUGGCGAUCAAAAGCUCCGCAUUCCCCUAUCGCCGGGGAUCCAAUACUUCGGAGAAGGACUUUUUCGACAUUCCCGAUGAGCCAAUUCUGUCCGUCGCCAAGCGGCAGCUACGCCACGUCCGCACCUGGGUCGUCGUGCUGGUGUUAUUCUUGUUGAUCAAGUGGAUGCGCCGUACUCCGCUUCCUCCCCUGCCGCUCCCCCAUAUUCAUUACGAUGAAGUUGAUUGGUCGCGCUUUGCGUAUACACAAUAUGCGACUAGUGAGACUUAUCUCUGCAACUGUGUCAUGGUGUUUGAGGCCCUGCACCGGCUGGGGUCUCGCGCGGACCGUUUGCUGUUCUACCCGAAGGAGUGGGAUCUGGUGAUCGAGGACGAUACAGACCGCAUUAGCCAGCUGUUGGUGCUGGCCAAGGAACAGUACAAUGUGCAGAUGGUGCCGGUCACCAUCGAAGGCAUCAUGGCGGAGUCGGCUGGCGGAGGAGAGUCUUCCCAGUCCUCCUGGGAUACCAGCACCGCCAAACUGUACGCUUUCGGCGUGGUCCAGUACGAUCGAGUCAUCCAUCUCGACUCCGACAUGAUGCUCUUGCAGCCCAUGGAUGAGCUGUUUUUCCUUCCCCCCACCACCAUUGCCAUGCCCCGGGCAUACUGGCUCUUGCCCGAGACGCAAACCCUCUCGUCCCUUCUCGCCGUCAUUGAACCGUCCUACCGCGAAUUUACCUAUCUGAAAGAAGCGGUCAAGCCGGCGAUCUUCGGUCAAAUCAAUAUCACCAAUAGCCGGUACGACAUGGAGAUCCUCAACAGUCGUUACGGGGACAAUGCUCUCGUCCUCCCACACCGACAGUACGGUCUGAUUUCAGGAGAAUUCCGCACCAAGAAUCAUCGCAGGUUCUUGGGCACCGAGCACGAGCAGUGGAAUCCUGACAAGGUGUUAGCGGAGGCCAAGUUUGUGCACUUUUCUGACUGGCCGUUGCCCAAGCCUUGGGUGAUGUGGCCCCAGGAACAGCUGGCCGCGCUGCAACCCGCAUGCAACCAAAAUCCAGGGACUCCGCAAGAGAGCGAUUGCCGCGAUCGCGAGGUCUGGAAGGAGCUCUACGAUCAGUUCCGGCGAAAGCGAAAGGAUGUUUGUAAGCUGCUGAGCUUCCCCGCUCCAAUUUGA